AUAUUCCAAUUCGUAUAUUUUGGCCAUCAAGAAUCGCCACGAAGCAGCGAUUUCAUCUUCUUCUACACCGACACCUUUCGAUCGGAUCUUGCGAUCUCCUCGAUUCAUCGCCUCGUCGUCGCCGGGGGGGAAUUUUCUUCUUCCCAGGGGUUCCCGGAGGAGCCCUAGGGGGUCGGAUCUUGCCUGGGAUCGCGGCGGUGUCUUUGAUUUGGAAGUGGUUAUGUUUCAGUAGAGAGCUCGAAGAAGAACGGGAGUGGGGAAUUUUGGAGAAAAUGCUGGGAAAGGCUGCGCAGUCGUCUUUUCGGGAUUGGACGCAGGAGUUUCAGAGUAUAGGGGAGAGAUUAAAGAAGUCGGUUUCAAAUGGGCCGGGACCGAAUGGGCCGAGCAGCAGCAGCAUCCGUUCCAAGGCGGAAGAACAGCGAUCGGGGGUUGCCCUUCAAUCCGAGUUCAAUCGGAGGGCUUCGAAAAUCGGGUUUGGGAUACAUCAGACGUCCCAGAAGCUUGCGAAGUUGGUGAAAUGUAAGGAUCCGAAUAGUUCAGAAAUAGCAGCUGUUUCAUCUGCAGUUAUCGUUACAUUGACAAAGAGAACCACGGUUUUUGAUGAUCCAACUAUGGAAAUUCAGGAGCUUACUGCGGUAAUCAAGCAGGAUAUUACUGCUCUCAACUCUGCUGUGGUAGAUCUUCAGCUCCUUUGCAAUUCCCCGAAUGAGGGCAGUGUCUCCAGUGACACGGCUAGUCAUUCAACUACGGUUGUAGAUGACCUGAAAAAUCGAUUCAUGAGCGCUGCAAAAUGGUUCAUAGAAGUUCUAACCAUGCGAACCGAGAACUUGAAGGUAAUUGAAAAUAGGAGACGGUUAUUUUCUUCCACUGCUUCAAAGGAAACCGCCAAUCCUUUUGUUCGUCAAUGUCCACUGGCUGCGAGAACAGCUGCUAAUAGGGGUGAGCGGUUCCAGAUUAAACAUCGAGAAUUAGAUGACAGCGAGAUUCAAUGA